UGUUGGUUCGCUUCUUGGCCUGAUGCUACCUCCUCUGCCACCACCAAAGCCUCCACGUCCUCUGCCUUCUCCACCAAAGCCUCCUCGGCCACGGCCUCCGCCAAAGCCUCCACGUCCUCUGCCUUCUCCACCAAAACCUCCUCUGCCACCGCCAAAGCCUCCACGUCCACCUCUACCUCCACCAAAACCUCCUCUGCCACCUCCUCUUCCACCUCCUCUUCCACCUCCUCUUCCUCUAUUAUUUCCUCCUUCCAUUAUAUAUUAUAUGUAUAUGUAUAUAUU